GACAUUUAUUACAAACAUGGUUAAAGUUGCUGUUCUUGGUGCUGCUGGUGGUAUUGGCCAGCCUCUCUCGCUUCUGCUCAAGGGCAACAUGUCUGUCACUGAACUUGCUCUCUUCGACAUCGUCAAUACCCCUGGUGUUGCUGCUGAUCUGUCGCACAUCAACACUCCUGCAAAGGUCACUGGCUAUGUGGGUGAUGAACAGCUGGCAGAUGCUCUCAAGGGUGCUCAUAUUGUAGUGAUCCCAGCAGGUGUGCCUCGUAAACCUGGCAUGACUCGUGAUGAUCUAUUCAACAUUAAUGCUGGUAUUGUCAAGAACCUCGCCAUUGGUUGUGCCAAAAACUGUCCAAAAGCAUUCAUUGCUGUCAUCUCCAACCCUGUCAACUCCACUGUCCCCAUUGUUGCCGAGGUCUUCAAACAGCACGGCGUCUUCGACUUCCGUCGCAUCUUUGGUGUCACCACUCUUGAUGUGGUUCGUGCUGCCUCUUUUGUUAGCGAGAUCGCUGGAACUGCUGCUGCAUCUACCAACGUUGCUGUGAUUGGUGGUCAUUCUGGUGCUACCAUUCUUCCCAUUCUGUCUGCGCUUCCCCACCAAUUCACCGAUGCUCAGCGUGAUGCCCUCGUUCAGCGCAUCCAGUUUGGUGGUGACGAAGUGGUCAAGGCCAAGAAUGGUGCUGGAUCUGCUACUCUUUCUAUGGCAUAUGCCGGUGCUCGUUUUGUCAACUCUCUUCUUGAAGCCAGUGUUCACAAGAAAACUGGUAUCAAAGAAUGCACUUAUAUCAAGACCGAUGUUGCUGCUGCCGAUGGUCUCGAAUACUUUUCAACUGUUGUCGAACUUGGCGUUGAUGGUGUUGCUGUUGCUCACCCACUCCCCAAUCUCUCUGCCCACGAAAAGGUUCUCUACACGGCUGCUGCUGCUGAGCUCAAGGCUAACAUUCAAAAGGGUGUCGACUUUGUUGCCAAGGCUUCUCUUUAAAUUGAAUCUUGAAAUAUUAUUGCUUUAUUGUCUUGUACUGACUGU